CCAAGUUUGAUUUUUUCUGCUGGAGACGUCAGCUCUGAUGUGUCGAUGCGCAUGUAGAAAUGCCACGCUUUAUUGACUUUAUCAUGAGUAAUCGUAGUACAAUAGUUUCCGAGUACAACGACCCGUAUUCCAAAUAAUCGCAUUCAAUGGCGAAAUGGAGAGAUAAAGACGGCCCGUCCCGCUGUUUUUCGGCCAUCUUCACGCAAAUGACGAUCUUUGGCGAGGCAAGAUGGCGUCGAGCGAUGGCCUCUCCUCUUUGGGACCGGACGGAGCUUCGGCCGCCGCUCGCGCGCUCUCCCUCCCCGCCGAGGCUUACGGCAACGACGAGCGUCUGGAGGCGAUGUGGGCCGUGAAGGCCUACAACCACGCCGAGGUUUACUUCAACCUCAUCUCCUCUGUGGACCCGAAGUUCCUCAAGUUGACAAAGAUGGACGACGACAUCUACGCCACCUUCAGGGCGACCUUCGAGGACCUGGACAUCAAAGUGCUGGACCCGGACCGGCUCAAGUCGGCCGAGGCCAAAGAGAGGUGGCGCCCUUUCUGCAACCACUUCCAAGGACUGGUGGAGGACUUCAACUACGGGACUCUGCUGCGACUGGACUGCCAGAAGGACUACACAGAAGAAAACACCAUUUUCGCCACCCGGAUCCAGUUCUUUGCCGUGGAGAUCGCCCGGAACCGAGAAGGCCUCAAUAACGCAGUCUUCGAGUCAGAGUCCUCCAAGAGUUAACCUACGACCGCCUUGUGCUCGUUUGGAUGCGGACCGGCGGAGAUUAAAAGUUGUCACGGUG